GGAAAACACAGAUAGGAUUGUGUAUAUUUACACAGAAAAUAAUAAAAUUUCAUUUUCAAUUAUCUAAUAGACAAUUACAAAAUGAAAAAGUACUCGUUUCUUCGAAUUAUUCAAUUAUUCACUUCCUAUCAAAUCUUCUGUUUACUUUACAUCUGUGCACAUGGAUUCAAUCGUUGUUCUACCAUUGUAAACAAUGAUGGCUUACCAAUAGUGAUAUGUGAUCAUGAAAGAAGAUUGAAGACACAAUCAAAUAUGGAGUCUUACGAUGAUGAACAAAAUGAAUUAAUGCCAGAAUCAGAUUAUACAAAUGAACCAGUUCGAUUACAACAAUUAGCUGAUUACUUAGUUCCUACAAAGAAAGCUUUUGUACGUUUAGGAAAGCGAGGAUUUGUUCGAAUCGGUAAACGUGGAUUUGUACGAAUUGGACGUUAAGAUGAUUACAUUAAUAGCUGUGACCGAAAAUAAAGAGACAUGGGAUUUUUUUUUCUAAUUAACGAAUCAUUCAGAAAUUUUGGUGUCAAAUCUAAAAUAAUUGUUGUAAUUUUCAGGCUAUUGAAAUGAAUUCAGUAGUCAACUGUUUCAAUAAAAAACUUUCAAAAAUAUUUUAAUGAUACUGUAUAAUAAUAAUUUCAUCCUCUGAGAAUUGUUUAAGGUCAUUAAGCCAAUUGUUAAUAAAUCA